GGACAAUUUUUAAUUGGUUGAAUUGUGUUGGCACCAUUUUUUUCUUAACCGCCACCCGCCAUAUUUCCAGCGCCAUUAAAAGGAUCUUUUCGGCGGUGUUUUGUGGUGGCUUUUUAAGAGCCAGAGUUGAAAUCAGCAUUUUAGUAACGAAGUUGAAUGCAAGCAAUACUUAUUGUUCCAGAAGUACGCAGUCAGCAUCGCUUUACCGGUUAUUCGCAAACAAAACUGCAGAAAUGGGCAAAAAGAAGGUAGAAGACAGCGAGAGCGAGGAGGAAUAUUCAGUUGAGAAAAUUAUCGACCGGCGGGUCGUAAACGGAAAGGUCGAAUAUUUUCUCAAGUGGAAAGGUUAUAGCGAAGACGAUAAUACUUGGGAACCCGAAGACAAUCUCGAUUGUCCCGAUCUCAUAGCGGAAUUUGAAAAGUCGCGCAAAGCCAAGGCGAAGAGGUCUUCCACCACGAAAAGUGCGGACGAGGAUAGUGACAAAAAAAAGAAAGAGAAAAAAUCCAAGGACGGUGAAGAGAAGUCUGAAAAGAAAUCAAAAGGCAGGCCCAAGAAGCAUGCGGUUGAAACGGAGGACUCCGACGGCGAGCCCAAGUCGAAGAAAGCUCGCCGUCGUUCAGAUUCCACGGACGAGAAAGAGAAUUCAAAAAAAGACGCAGAUUCCGACGACGAAAAUGGUAAAAACAAGUCUGACUCAUCUGACGACGAGGAUAAGUCCAAGAAAAAGAAGAAAUCAGAAGGCGAUGACGACGAAAAAUCCAAGAAAAAGCGAAAGUCUGAGUCGAAAUCUGAAAAGGGGAAGGAUAGUUCAUCCAAGAGUAAAUCAAAAGUCGGCUUUGAACGGGGCUACCAAGCCGAGAAAAUCAUAGGAGCAUCAGACACCACAGGACAGCUGAUGUUUCUGAUGAAGUGGAAGGGAACCGACGAGACCGAUUUAGUCCCAGCUAAGGAAGCAAACGUCAAGUGUCCACAAAUUGUUAUUCAGUUUUAUGAGGAACGUCUCGCUUGGCAUACUCCCGAUGAGUCUUAAGUUGUUUCGUCAUGAAAAUCCUUUAUUUUGGUAGGAUUCCAGUUAAUUUUUUCCGUAAUAGUUUUCUAUCGCCUGCAGUGUUUUAUAUUAAGAUAUUGUUCAUUUUUCAUGUUUCUUUUUUUGUAAUAAACCGUGAAAAUAUUCA